AAAGAGGGCGGUCCUGGUUUUCCGAAGCGUUCUUCCGGCUUACAUGUUGGAAAAAAGAAAAGACGAAUGGAAAAUCUGUAAUCUUCAAAACAAAUAUUGGUUUCGAACUUCCAUUUACGAUCUGGUUUAUUUGAAAUGAGCUCCCAACAAUUUCCACGUCACGGGUUGCCUGCGUCCACGGGAGGAGCCCCACAGAUCUCUCCAUCUGGGAACCUGGUAUCUGUCACCCAGCCGUCCAAUCCCGCAGCUGGACCAGAUGGAGACAGUACUCGUGAUGCAGACCAUGGACCUCAGGAUCCUCCACCAGCUCCAGGUGGUGGGCCCAUCCCCUUUAGAGACGAUAAACAGGAAACUAUGGUGGUCAGGCCGUACCCUCAGGUUCAGACGCUUGGUCCACCUCAGGCUGUUCCUCAAACAGUUUCCAUUCAACCCGGAACUCCCGGUACUGUACCUGCCCCGGCUGUUCAUCUGCCACAGGCCCAACCCACAGUGCUCACUGAGGGACAAAUGAAGGCUGUACUGAAGUCUCCAAUGCCAAGUCGACUCAUUGCUCCAGCUCCAAUCCCUAAUCAGGCUCACAUACCUAAGGUCCCUGGUCACAUCACCGUGACUAUAGAGAGCAGCAUCGCUACAACCCCUUCCAUUCCAGUAGCGACCAUCAGUGGUCAACAAGGUCACUCUAGUAAUUUGCAUCACUUGAUGCCGGCUAAUAUCCAGAUUAUUAGAGGCAGUGCUCCUGCUCUGCAGAUAGGGACACCUCCAGUGCAACCCCAAACUUUCUCAUCACAUUUACCUCGAGGGGCUGCUGCAGCAGCUGUUAUGUCUAGCUCCAAAACUGUCCUGCGACCAGCCACUGGGACAAGUGCUGGCCCGGGCCAACCCACUGUGCAGCACAUUAUUCAGACCAUUCAGUCUCGUCCUCCAGUGACCACUUCUACACCUGUGCUCCCGACAGUAGUGGCCAGUCGGACUCAGUCUCCCGUUAUCAGUUCAGCUGUUACUCACUCCACUGAUGUAGCCCAUGGACGGCCCGGGCUGGCCAUUCACCCCCCUCCAGCCACAGUCAGUAUUCAGAGACCUCAAACAUCCCGAGAUACAGCAACGCGGAUCACACUGCCCUCUCACCCAGCAAUAGGCGCUCAAAAACCUCAGCCUCCCAACACCAUGACCCAGAAAUCCAUUUUCAGCACCGUGACACCAGUCGCUGCAGCGACGGUGGCUCCAAUUGUGGCAACUAACACUGUGCCAUCAACUACCGCUAUAGGCUCUGUUCCGCAUACUCAAAUGACUAGUAACACACUAGUGACCAUGACAGUUGCUUCUCACUCUUCUCAUGCUACAGCAGUGACCACCUCCACUAUUCCUGUUGCUAAAGUAGUUCCUCAGCCUAUAGCCCAUUCAUCGUCCCGUGUGCAGCCAGAUUAUCCAGGAGAACGAACCAACCUCAUUCCCAUCUCUGGACACCGGGCAUCUCCCAACCCUGUCACCAUGGAAGCAAGGAGUGACAGACCUUCAGUUCCAGUACAGUUCCAGUAUUUCCUUCCCGCCUACUCGUCCUCUUAUCCUCUGACACACACCUAUACCCCUAUAAGCAGCUCUGUGUCUGCGAUUCGCCAGUAUCCUGUUACACCUCAAGCCCCGAGUUCAGCACUACCUACUCAGCCAGGAGUAGGAGUGGCCACUACAGUGCAUCUGAACCACAUGCAGCUGAUGGCAGUGGAUCGCAUCGGUUUGCCCUCAGCUCAAAUCAGCACCCAAGGGAUCCAGCCGGCACCAAUUACUGCUCAGGGCAUUCAGCCUGCACCCAUAGGAGUCCAGGGUCUGCACACCUCAGCCCCCAUUACUACACAGGGACUGCAGCAGACGCCCAGUGUGACCCAGCAGCCACAGCAGCAACCGCAACAAGCCCAGGCUGAAGCAAAACCAGGAGUUGUUUUGACAGAUGGUUUCGUAGCUAGCCCCAUCAACACCACGUUUGGGGCAACCCAGCCUGUAGCCACCAUGGUGCAAGCCCACACCCAGGGAGCUGCUGUCGGAGGAGCCCCCACUCUGGUGUCCUCUCCUCGGCCUAGCAUCCUCAGAAAGAAGACCACCACUGAAACAUGUGCACGAAAAACCCUGAUUCCAGCCCAGCCCAGUGAACAGAGUGGGGCAAGGAUAGAGACCGCUGUGAGAGGAGCAGGAUCACCCCGACCUGCAGGUCUGAAGCCCAAAGCCGAUGUGCACAUGGCAGUUGCCCCUCCUGUCAUGGCUGCUGUGGAGGCAUUACCCUCUCAGCCUCCAGAGCAGCAGGCUGUUUCUACAGCCCCCCAGCACAUGGCGCAGGCCAUCCCCACCAUGCUUUCUGCCCCAGGACCUGUGCCCCCGUCUCAGCCCUCUGCGGUGCUGCCUGCCCUGCCAGCAGCCAUGGCCGUCACUCCCCCAGUACCUGCCUCUAUGGCUAACGCUGUGGCCUCUCCAACUCAACCCGCAGCCAGUAGCACUGCUGCCUAUGUCGCCAGCUCCACCUGCCCUGACCUGAAGAUCAAACAAGAGGUGGAGUCCAUGGACACCUCCUCCCAACAACCAGAUCCCAAUGCCAGUUUGUCCUCUGCUCCAGCACUUACCCCCCAAGUCUCCUCCCUGACCACGUCCACCACAGGGGAGCUCAUCCCAGGGGCCUCUCCACGAAAGAAGCCUCGGAAGCAGCAGCAUGUGAUCUCAACAGAGGAAAGUGAAAUGAUGGAGACCAACAGCACUGAUGAGGAGAAAGCCCCUGGCAGACCCAUCACUGGGAGGGCUGAGAGGCGUGAGUCCCCCCCUAGAGAAUAUGUCGAUGAGGAAGGAGUACGUUAUGUCCCAGUCCGUCCUCGCCCUCCAGUCACCCUCCUGAGGCAUUACCGAAACCCCUGGAAGGCCGCCUACCACCACUUCCAAAGGUACAGCGACAUCCGUGUCAAAGAGGACAAAAAGGGGAGCCUACAGGAAAUGGCCAAUCAGAGAGGAGUUGCCUGCAGAGCUCAAGGAUGGAAGAUCCACUUGUGUGCUGCUCAGCUCAGACAACUGACAAAUUUGGAGCAUGAUGUGUAUAGCCGUCUGUCCACUCUCCAAGAAGGACUGAUUCCAAAGAAGAGAGCAGGAGGUGACGAUGACCUCCACAGAAUCAAUGAGCUCAUACAAGGCAACAUGCAGCGGUGUAAACUUGUGAUGGACCAGGUCACAGAAGCUCGGGACACAAUGAUGAAAGUCCUGGAUCACAAAGACAAAGUGUUAAAGCUGCUCAACAAAAAUGGCACGGUGAAGAAAUCGUCCAAACUAAAGAGGAAAGAGAGGGCAUAGGCUGCAAAUACCACUGCUACUGUGCCCUCUAGCUGUGGCAUGGAGGAGCUGCUCACUGUCUGGUGCUAUGAUUUGCUGUAUACAAUCACACGCACCCUGCCUGAACAGAGAAGCGGACUGGAAAGAUAAACUGGAAAGAAACACUGGGAGGAAUAGGUUCUCAGUAAUACACAUGUGAAGUGUGGAGCAUUCAAUUAAUGUCUACUUAGUUAUGAACAUUUUCGUUUAAAUGUUAGAAACGGCCCGAUGUUGCAUUCAAAUUGAUCUAUUAAAAAAAAAAUACAGGCACACGAGUAAAUUAGAAUAUUGUGGAAAAGUGGGAUUGAAACCAAAAUGUGAGUCAGUACACAAAGGCAAAUAUUUUAGAUAUACAUUAUCUUACCCGUAGUCUGGGAAUUUUGUUUAUUUAAUACCACUGGGGCAUCUUGUCUGGAGCAGUGGACCUUUUUUCAGAUCUUAGCCAGGAUCUUGGUCAAGUGUCCUAUUUUUAGCUCAGUUUUACUCCAUGUUGCUACAUAAAUGUGACUGAUAUAAAUUCUCAUUAUGGCAGACAGUUAAUUUUAAUGUUAGUAAUUACUUGACAGUGACGAAGUGUCUUGCCCAAGGACACAACACCACCAGGGUUUUAUGUCCCCCAAAACAUAGUACAGUUGUACUCUUGAGUAUAACAAAAACUUAAUUUCACUUUUCCACAGUAUAACUAUGAAUGUGCCUGUUGUAAAUUCAGGCAGCCAUUUUGCCCACAGGAAUUUUUAGUUGGAAUGCGAGAUUAAAAGGGACAUAAUGAUUUUGAUUAGCCAAUUACAAAACUGUCUUCAAAUGUGCUCUUCUCAUAAACUGUGCCUUCAUUUUGUUGAUGUACAUAAAAAUAUCACCAAGAAAAUACACUUAAAAAGCUUCGCAUUUUUAUACCACACCUCAAAUGUCCAAGUUAAGAUGGUAAAACAAAAUACCUAUUGAAAACAACAUCAGUACAUCAACAACUGUGUUCAGAUUUGAAGGAUGUGAAGUCGAGUUUUGAGAAGGUCCAGUAUCCAAGUUUGGUCAUAAUGUAUUGAAUUGUAAAUCACUGUACAUGUUUCUUUUUUCAUCAGACUUUCUUUUCAAGUUUUGUACUCUGAAUAUUUGUGUGAAUGGCGAUGCUUCAUUUUUGCAAACUGUAAUUUACUGAAAUGAAGUGUGCCCGAGAGACAUCCAGCUAUUGUACAUGUUUUUGUCUGUGUAAUUAUAGUAAAGAUACUUAAACAA